AAUCAGAAAAACAAAUGGUUAGUGAUUUGAAUUGUGGAAUCGUGUAUUUGAUCAAAGCUGCCUGAAACCCAUUCAUAUUUUCUCAGAGGCCCCCCUGCCUAUAUCUAAAAUCCCCUUAGCAUGGCUGAGAAGUGCUGAUCGACUAUCAACUCGAUCAACAUUUAAGAGGAAACAUUCUCAUUAGUAUUUCCCACAGCUCGAUCGGUUUUCUGGGUUCUCAGUUUCAACUCCACCUUUCAGGAGAAGCAAAAGAAAGAGUAGCGAUGGAAAAGAUUGGGAUGAGAAAGGGAGAGAAGUGAACUCGAGUAUGAUUUUUCCAUUACUGAAUCAAAAAUCAACUGACAUCAAACGAGAAAAAGGCGAAUACACAUGUUUUGGUGAAGACUGAACAUACUAUACAGUUUUCUCUCAUAGCAUGUCUGAGAAGUGACAAGUAUCCUAUCAACUUGAAUAACAUUCAACAGAAAAAUCAGACUUUCAUUAGUCUUUGCACAGCCUGGUUCGUGUUCAGAAUCUCAGUUUCAAGUCCACCCAUCAGCAAUGGUCUUAGGUACAAAGGAGGAACAUAAAAAGAAGAUAUUGGAGCUGUUGAAGGAUCCCAAUGUGUCAACAGUAGUUCUUGAUGGGAAGCGUGGAGUAGGGAAAACGAGGAUAGCAAAAGAGAUAAUCAUGGAUGAAGAUUUCCAUGGCACUCUCUGGCUGUAUGUGAAUGACAAUUAUGACACAGAAUCUCUUCACAAAAACAUUGCUCGCCAGCUAUCUCUUUUCUCUAUUUAUGAGGAAUGGGAAGAUGAUGAUGCUGUCGAGGAGGAGCAGAGCUUGGAAAAGUUGAAGCCGAGAAUAUCUGUGAAGCUUGAAGAAUUCAGAUCUGCAGCACAUGAAAAACAUAAACUGUUUCUUCUAGUUCUGGAUGAUGUUCCUCAUCAGAAGGAUGUAGAGGAGAUUGUGGAAGAAGUUAACAACCUGCUGACAAAUGACCGCUCGUCUUUCAAGGUUUUAAUCACCAGAGGCACCACACUCGGGAUGAACCAGGAAAUUAAGAGCUGCAAUACAAAAGUACGCCAGAUAAAUCCAUUGUCCACGGAUGAGUCCUUGGCUUUAUUGCGUGAAAGAACCAAGAAAGAAGUUUUUGAUCGUCCAAGCUUUGAAAAACUAUCCACAGCUAUUGUGGAGAUGAGUAAGGGUAUUCCUACCAUACUUAUCACCAUAGCAAAAGCAAUAAAUUACCUGGAAGAUGAAUGUUCUGGCGUUUGGUCGUUGGAAAAUGUUUUGGAAGAAGCAGCUUAUGAUGGGGAAACUGCUAUAAAUCUGCUACUUCGCUCUUGGUGUAAUGCAUUGCCAACCGGUGCUCCGACCGACUGCUUUUGGCAUACCCUGCAGCUUCUCAACAAACAUGGUGGUGUUCAUUACAAUGAGUUGAUCACACAAUGGAUAAUGGAAGGAUAUUUUGGAUGCAACAACCAGAUUGGGAAGGUCUAUGAGCAAGGACAUAAGGUUCUGAUGGACCUUAUAGAUUGGGGCAUGCUGACAAAACAAGAGGAUAAUAUGGUUGUCAUGGGAGGAAUAAUUUUGAGUAUAACUGGUCAUUGCCGACGUGAAUUGAAUGAGACUGCAAGGCUUGGAUUGGCUAAUGUGUUUGAAGAUGAAAAUUGGAAAGGUCUUGGAAUGCUUGCACAUACGGAUCGUAUGAUAAAAUCACCAUCAUGUCAUAAGACCUGGGAGAAAGUUUCCACACUUCUGAUGGAUGGGCAUUGCAUUGAUAGGGAAGUACCUGUAACAUGCUUUCAACAAAUGAAGACUCUCCAAGUUCUCAUGUUAAUCAAGCCUAGGUUCUCUCUGCUAGUACCCUUGGUUGGCAUAAAUAACCUUUCCAUUCUUGUGCUUAGAUUCUGUGAUCGCUUGGAGAAGAUUGAUCCUAUCCGAGAAUUUCAAAGCUUAAGUGUUCUUGAGAUAUCUGGUGCUACUUUGUUGGAGAUGAUCCCCAAUGACUUUUUUACAAAGAUGCAUAAGCUUCGAAGCGUUAACCUUUCUGAAGCCAAGGUCAAAUCACUACCUAGUUCUCUUUUUGAAAGAAGUGAACUACGGUGGCUCAUCCUUAGAGGAUGUUCUCAAUUGAAAACACUUCCAAGCUUAAAAUCCUUGGGAAAGCUCAAGGUGCUUGAUCUUUCUGGUGCUACCUCUUUCAGCAGAUUCCAAGACAAAACCUUUGCAGCUCUUCAGAAACUUCAUACACUUAAUCUUUCUAAUUCUCAAAUUACUCGCUUACCUUUUCUUCAUGGUAAUGAUGAGCUUAAUCAGCUCCUAUUAGGUGGCUGUGCAAGUUUAAACAGACUUCCAACCUUGAACACAAUACCUCGGCUUCAAAUUCUAGAUCUUUCUGGUGCUACAGGCUUAAAAGAAAUACAGUUCGAACCUUUAGAUAGCCUUAAGGCCCUUGAUUUAUCUGGAACUCGUAUUGAAAGGCAACCUUCCAGUUUCAGCCACCUUUCUGAUCUCUCCUUACGAGAGUGUCAUGAGCUUGCAAGACUUCCACUCACAAAAGAAAUCAAAUAUCUUGAAUCACUUGACCUUUCUGGUUCUAGCACUAAGGUUGAAAUUGAAGACAAAUUCUUCCAGCAUAUGAGGUUUCUUCGAGUUCUCAACUUUUCAACAGUUAAGAUAAAAGAACUACCUUCCCUGUCCAACCUAGCUAACCUCUGUCAACUUUUCCUAAAGGAUUGUUUAUGUUUAGAAAAGCUUCCAGAGAUGGAAGGACUUAAAAGGCUCCAAGAGCUUAAUCUUUCUGGUUGUGUGGCAUUGGUUGAUUUGCCAAACCUGAACUCCCUUGAAAAACUGGAGAUUCUUGAUAUUUCACGUUGCAGGGUUUUGAACCAAAUACAAGAGGAAUCCUUUCAAAAGAUGUCCCAUAUUCGGACACUCAACCUCUCAGACACUAUGAUUGAGUUCCUACCAUCCAUUUGCAAACCCAGCAACCUCUGUCACCUCAUCCUCAGAAAUUGCAAAAAGUUAAAAAAGCUUCCACCUCUUGAUCAUUUGUCAAAACUUGAGGAAUUGAAUCUGUGUGGUGCCAGUUCUUUAGUUGACUUUACAUCUGAAUUCCUGGAGCCUAUGGUCGACCUUCAAAUUGUUGACUUAUCUGAAAUCCCACUGACAAAGGUACCAUCCAUGUCCAAAUUCAUCAAACUCAGACAGUUCUCAGUAAAGGGUUGUUCAUCCUUAAAUGAAGUGAUACAUCUUGAAGAACUAACACUUCUUGAGAUUCUUGAUCUUUCUGGAACAGCAGUUCCGAGUCUGCCUCCCCUAAAUACUUUUAGCAACCUCCGCCAGCUCUUGCUAAAAGAUUGUUUACAGAUAGAAGAGUUGCAGUUUCUAGGGUCGCUUAGUCGGCUGGAGGUUCUUGAUCUGUCAGGAACCAGAAUGAAGCAAUUUCCUUAUGAGAUAUCAGAGCUUACUCAUUUAGAGCAGCUUCAUCUGCCUGACUUGAGGGGUAUGCGUGAUCUUGACUUGGGAAAGAUAAAGCGUUUGCCACAAAAGGUCAACUGGGAUGAAUGUCACAUCUUUGAGUGUGCUGAUAUUUACAUGGGCAGUGACAAGCCUUCCCUAUCUGUAAGUGGCUUUGAAAUUUUUCACAUUUUGGACAAACAUCCAAAGUUCUGGGAAGAAAAGUUCAAAAAAUUUCAUUUCCAUGUAAAGAAGAAGGAAGGCGAAGAUGGAGGCAUCAAUCACUGCAAAGAUGAAUUUGUCUUCAGAGAUGUGUACUUCCACACUAGACAUUUUUAUCUUAAAGAGCACGACAGGUCUUUGGAAAUCUAUGGAUCGUAUAGUCUCCCUAAGGGUUUUGAAAGUGUCCUCAAGUGUGCCGAAUGCAUAUCUUUGGUUGACAAUGACCUUAUACAUAGCCUAUCUUAUUUAGGUUCUGAUAAUGUGAGGGCAAUGAAACGCUGUUGGUUAGAGAGAUGUAGUAAAGUACGAAACAUUCUUUCUAAUGAUGAGGCAGGUGUCACACUGGGCAGAAAUUUAGACUCUAUGGAUUUCAAACCUCCCAAUUUUGAGCAGUCUUAUAAUGGGAAUGUGCAAUCAGUGGUGUUUCAGAACCUUAAACAAUUGUAUCUGGAUUGUUGUCCAGGCAUUGUAAAUGUCUUUCCAUCCUCCCAGCUUCCAGAAAACCUGGAAACUCUACAUGUUCAGUUUUGUGAUAAGUUGCAAACUUUGUUCGAAUGUGAUUCACAAUCUAGUUGUGCAAUGCAAAGGUUGAGGAAAUUGUAUCUACUGGAACUACCAGAGUUGAGUAGCAUUGGGAUAAAAUUGCCAGAAGACCUGGAAAUUCUACAUGUUCAGUCUUGUGAUAAGUUGCAAACUUUGUUUGAUUGUGAUUCACAAUCUAGUUGUGCAAUGCAAAGAUUGAGGAAAUUGUAUCUACAGGAACUACCAGAGUUGAGGAGCAUUGGGAUAAAAUUGCCAGCUGAACUGACUUCUGUGGUCAUCAAAUGCCCCAAGUUGCUGGAGCUCCAGUUGGAUGCGACCGACCAGGUCUCCAAGUAAUCCUCAAUCUUGGGUCAAGAAUGAAUGCAGAACUGUUAUCUUUGGAACUUUAUGCUUUGUAAUGCAAUUCUGACAUAAAAGUGUUUGCAAGCUUUAAACCAUUGCAAAAUCUAUGAGUGAAUAUUCUAGUGCUUUUGGGAUGUUCACUUUGAAGUUUUCCACAGAGAUCGAGCUCAGAACUGUGAUCAACAGUGGAUGAUUUGAUAAGUUCAUCUAGAAUUCUUAUGGCCAUUAAGGGUUGAGAGUUAUAAUUAAGUUAUUGUAAAUUCAUGUUCAUGUUUGUAAUUUAAUUUGAUUCUUAAAUUGUUGCCCGUUUGUUCCAAGGGCUUGCUACUAUAUUG